AAAAGGACCAAUAUUGACUUGAUCCUAACUGAACAGGCAAAGUAAAUCCAGCGAUGAAACACUCAUAACUGAACACUGAGAGACUAUUCGCUUUCUCCUAAAGCCUUCAAUCGAAUUCGCACGAUGAGAGGGAACAAGUUUUGCUGUGAUUUCCGGUACCUCCUCAUCUUGGCUGCUGUCGCCUUCAUCUACACACAGAUGCGGCUUUUUGCGACACAGUCAGAAUAUGCAGAUCGCCUUGCUGCUGCAAUUGAAGCAGAAAAUCAUUGUACAAGCCAGACCAGAUUGCUUAUUGACCAGAUUAGCCUGCAGCAAGGAAGAAUAGUUGCUCUUGAAGAACAAAUGAAGCGUCAGGACCAGGAGUGCCGACAAUUAAGGGCUCUUGUUCAGGAUCUUGAAAGUAAGGGCAUAAAAAAGUUGAUCGGAAAUGUACAGAUGCCAGUGGCUGCUGUAGUUGUUAUGGCUUGCAAUCGGGCUGAUUACCUGGAAAAGACUAUUAAAUCCAUCUUAAAAUACCAAAUAUCUGUUGCGUCAAAAUAUCCUCUUUUCAUAUCCCAGGAUGGAUCACAUCCUGAUGUCAGGAAGCUUGCUUUGAGCUAUGAUCAGCUGACGUAUAUGCAGCACUUGGAUUUUGAACCUGUGCAUACUGAAAGACCAGGGGAGCUGAUUGCAUACUACAAAAUUGCACGUCAUUACAAGUGGGCAUUGGAUCAGCUGUUUUACAAGCAUAAUUUUAGCCGUGUUAUCAUACUAGAAG